CACGCAUGAUAUUUGUACGUGUUCCAGGAUCCCAAGAUGUAUGUGAGCACAAUUCUGGAUGUGCACAAGAAAUACAAUGCCCUCGUCCUGUCUGCCUUCAACAAUGACGCCGGGUUUGUCGCGGCCCUAGACAAGGCUUGUGGUAAAUUCAUUAACAACAAUGCGGUGACGAAGAUGGCCAAUUUGUCCAGCAAGUCACCGGAGUUGUUGGCACGAUACUGUGAUAUUCUUCUGAAGAAGAGUUCGAAGAAUCCAGAAGAAGCAGAAUUGGAAGAUACAUUAAAUCAAGUGAUGAUCGUGUUUAAGUACAUCGAAGACAAAGACGUGUUCCAGAAGUUUUACAGCAAGAUGCUUGCCAAGCGGCUGGUGCAGCAUAUGUCAGCCAGCGACGAUGCCGAAGCCAGCAUGAUCUCCAAACUGAAGCAAGCCUGUGGUUUUGAGUACACAUCCAAGUUACAGAAAAUGUUCCAAGACGUUGGGGUCAGCAAGAUACUGAAUGAGAAUUUCCGAAAGCACCUCGACAAUGGGAGCGAGUCGUUAGACUCUGGAGAGGAGUGUGCAACGAUUCACAGUGUUCUAUAACCAGCAGCACAACGGGCGCAAGUUGAACUGGCUCUACCAGAUGUCCAAGGGCGAGCUCGUCACCAACUGUUUCAAGAACAGAUAUACCCUGCAGGCAUCGACGUUUCAGAUGGCCAUUCUACUGCAGUACAACCACGUUGACUCGUUUACCACCCAGCAACUGCAGGAAACGACGCAGAUAAAAUUGGACAUGCUCGUACAGGUCCUUGGCAUUCUGCUGAAGUCGAAACUGCUAAUCUGUGAUGACAAUCAGGAUGAAGAGACAGAGCUUCAGCCUUCCUCGAACAUCUCGCUGUACACAGCGUACAAGAA